AUGUCUCUUAUAUUCAAACGAACGAUUGAUUUUACUCGUAAUCUUGGGCGGACGAUACUUAGUAACCAACACUAUCCAGUGACCCAACGCAUUGCCUUUAAAUCUGACCAAACACCGCAAAUUGAAUCUCGUCCCACUGUUGCAAAAUUAGAUCCACUUCAAAAGUCUCAACUGAUCGAUUUUGGGAAAUACGUGUCUGAUUGUUUACCAAAGUACGUACAAAAAGUUCAAAUCACAUCCGGUAAUGAGUUGGAAGUACUUAUUCCUCCAGAUGGAGUCAUUCCCGUUCUUCAAUUUUUAAAAGACCACCACAGUGCACAGUUUGCGAGCUUGGUAGACAUAGCGGGGAUGGACGUGCCCAGUCGGGUUAAUCGAUUUGAGAUUAUCUACAAUUUAUUGUCUCUGCGUUACAAUGCUAGGAUUCGGGUAAAGACUUACACGGAUGAACUGACACCUAUAGAUUCUGCUUGUGAAGUGUUCAAAGCUGCAAACUGGUAUGAAAGGGAAAUCUGGGAUAUGUAUGGAGUUUUCUUUGCGAAUCAUCCAGAUUUAAGAAGAAUUCUAACUGAUUAUGGAUUUGAAGGCCAUCCAUUCAGAAAAGAUUUCCCCCUAAGUGGUUAUGUAGAACUGCGUUAUGAUGAUGAACAGAAACGUGUUGUUGUGGAACCCUUAGAAUUGGCUCAGGAAUUCCGAAGAUUUGAGCUAAGUGCUCCUUGGGAACAGUUUCCAAACUUUAGAGGAAAUCCUAUUGAAGAAGUUGCCUCCACAGCAGAACCUAAGAAAGAAUAA